GAUCUGGACGCCGUCAUAGAAGAAGCUGGAGAGAGGUGGAAGGUAUGCCGGCGCCCGAGGUCCCUUCAUUUAGCCUCAAAUCUUUACAUUUUCAUGCUGUAAUUUUGAUCUUAUUCGUUAUUCGAACAUCUGUAGAGCAGUUUUAACCAACACAAUGGCGCUGUCGGCGACGCAGCGGUAACGGCAUGUCAUAUAUGCGCGUGCACGCGCCGCGUUCAUUUGUCUCUCGGCCGGUGUCGGCCCGUUUCGAUACGUGAACGGUGGUCACUCGCACUUCUUCCGCAUGCGUUGACGCACUUUCUACUACCCGUGCGAAUAAUCGCUUUGGUAGACGUGAAUGCGUUGCACUACACUGCCGUUCAUCUCUAGCUGUCGUUCUGUUUUACGAGUAACUGGUCUUACUUUGCAGACGCUAUAACCGAGCAGCAAGAGUCGGUAUACGAGGCCAUGACAAGCGACUUCAAGGAGCGCGGAAAAGGAGCUUUACAUAACAAGUUCACUUCAGAUGGCCGCAGCAUCGCCAAUGUCUUGCAAGAGGAAAGCGAAAAAAUUCAACCGCUCCUACACAUAAGUGGUAUUCAUCGAUAUGUUGACGAUAUUGGCACGGUCGACGACAUUAAAAGAUGGCCAUUCUACAUCUUGUCCUUCAAUAUACUCUGUGAGGCAAAUGGGAUCUACUACCCGCUAGAAAUUGGACUCGUAGAGUACUCAAUUGAGGAAGGUCUCAUACGAGCCUUCCACAAAUUCGUCGACCCAGGUCUAAUACCUCUUGGCUUUGCAAGUGCUGCAAAAAACCACAGCGAAGCCACGCAUGGUGUCCCCAUCACGGGCUUUGAAGAAGGCACAACCGACUACAGGAGCGUUGUCCGUGACCUGAUGGCAUACCUUUGGCUCCCGAUUGAUGAUGCGAACCUUCCACCGCUCUUCUGCAUGCAAGACCAAAUACCACAGGCCAUUGGCUGCCUGCGGUGGCUCGGAAGAACUUGGGAGGAGACCUUGCUCCUGCUCCGGCUGAGGAUGGCUGCUGCUGGACAGCAGCAGGCGCACCGGCUCGGACUCGCAGCCUCGCCUGCCUGA